AUGAACGAUCUCAGUGUUGAAGUAGGACAUCCUAAUGGAGCCUAUUACAAAGCAUAUGUGCAUGAUGUUGAUGCAACCGGUAUUGAUGUCAAAUAUGAUCAAGAUUUUUUCCCUCCAACUAAAAUUCCCUUUUCUGAAAAUCGUAUUCGACUUCCACCAGAAAUAAUCGACCUGAAAAAAUUAACACCUGGUGAUCCAUGCGAGGUACUUUCAAAAGCAAAAGAAGAUGAACCACUUGGCUGGUGGCCAGCAACUGCUAAAAUGUUCAAAGGCGAUUUUUUCGUCGUUGAUUAUAAAGUCAGUGCUCAAGGAGCUAGCUAUUCGGAUAUUAUAUCUAGUGAUAAAAUUCGCUGUCCAAACACAAAUCCACCUAUUACUUAUUCAAUGUUUAAAAAAGCAGAACUAGCUGUUCCUAAAGAAAUUCAAGAAGCAUGUAAUAAUCCAAUCAAUCAUAAAGACUUCAAACGAACAAGUGGUGCUCUAGUUGUUCGAUACGACAAACAAAAAACAUGUCUUGUUGUUAUCUCAGAUAAUGAAGCCACUCUUCAUCGUGCACAAAUACUAUCGGAAAUGCAUUUUCGAAAUUUACGUUCAAAAGCUAAACUCGUACAAGAAACUGAAAAAGUUUCCAAGCAACUUGAACGAAUUAUGGUUAAUCAAACAUCCAAAUUUUUCGAAAAAUUUACUGUAAGAACUGAAUUAAUGGGUCUUGCCAUUGGUUCACACGGAUCAAAUAUACUCAAAGCACGUGAAGUACCCGGUAUAACAGCAGUUGAAGUCGAAGAUGAAACUUGCACAAUUAAAGUGUUCGGCGAUACUGAAAAAGCUGUCAAAGAAGCACGUAGUAUACUUGAAUAUACGGAAGAUGUUGUAUCAAUUCCACGAGAACUCAUUGGUAAAGUGAUUGGUAAAAAAGGUCAUAUCAUUCAGGAAAUAGUCGAUAAAAGUGGUGUUGUUCGUGUUAAAAUUGAAGGAGACAAUGAACAAACACCGCCACGUGAUGAAAAUAGUCAUCCGAAUCAAGUUCCAUUCAUAUUUGUUGGUACAGCUGAAAGUAUUGCGAAUGCUCGAGUCUUACUCGAGUAUCAUUUAGCUUGCUUAAAGGAAUUCGAUGAACUACAAGAAAAGAAACUUCAAGUUAACGAACAAUUUCGUACGAUUGCUGGUCCACAACAAGGAGCCGGAAUGAAUGUAGCUAGCAAUAUGGGCUAUCCAAGUGGACGUGGUGGACGUUAUGAAUUUGAUCGAACAAGUAAUACUGGUGUUGGACGAAAUUAUCGCGACUCAGGUUAUCAACAACAACAAUAUCCUCCACAGCAGCAACAACAACAACAGCAGCAGCAUCGUACUGAUAAUUAUAAUAAUCAACAACCACGUCGACCAAAUAAUUAUCCUGGUGGUAAUAGUAAUCGUGGACGUCGAGGUACUGGCGGUAAUUCAUAUCGUGGUGGCGCACACAGUGAUGCUGGUACUGGCGACGAAGCCAGCGAGUGUGGUGAUGCAGCAGCUUCAUCGUCGGCUAGCACCAGUCGAAAACAUCGUGACUGGGCGGCACAGGUCGAGAGUGAACAACAACAAGAGGCUGGCUACAGUACAGACAGUAUGAUUCAUUCGGCUACACUACCCAGAAGUGCUGGUGAACGAGGUGGUCGACGUGGUUGGAAACGUGGUCGACCACCAUUACCUAUGCGUGAAGGUUAUGUUGAUCGUCGUCGAAAUAAUGAUAACGAAAAUACGAUGUAUGACGCACAAGAACUCAAUGAAGGUCAACAACAGUAUAACGAUCAACGUUAUCGAUAUAGUGUUCCUCGUGGUAAUCGUAGUGGUAGCUAUCGAUAUAAUAAUAAUAAUAACAAUAACAACAACAACACAGCUGAAUAUUAUGAAGAGAACUAUAAUAGCAGUGGACAAAUACCAACAAAAAAAUCUCAACAAACUCCGUCGAAUAAUGGUAUCGAUGCAAACAAUCUAGCAACAUCAGAAACAUACAACGGUGGUGGAUCAAAAGGUCAACGAACGUCGAAGCAGCAAAGCAAUGGUGUCAAAUAA